AUUUUUUUGUGGGAUUAAGGAUUAAGGAUUAAUGUUAUUCCGGGAUUAGAUUAGUCCAGGAUUAAUUAAAUAAUUCAAUUUGCUGGGAUUAAGGAUUAAGGAUUAAUUCACAAUGCUUUUGAAUUCGGGAUUAAGGAUUAAGGAUUAAUUAAUCCUGAUUAAUUCAUGAUUAAGGAUUAAUAUAAUUUUUAUUUUCCUGCACAGAAUUAUCGACACAGCGAUAUUAAUGUGUCAAAUCUCAAAUACUUACAAAACGUGCAAUAUAUAGUAGUAUUGCGUUAAGUACGUAAUAAAAAUCAAUGUUGGAAUAAUAUCCUCGCCAAUUACGGCAAGUUUUGGUGCACAAGCUAUGCCCCUGGCCUUUACAGAGCCACAAGACUUGUCAAGUUCUUCGACAUCAAAAAAUGUGCCGGUCAAAACGAAUGGCAAACCUUUCAGUUCAGUUAGAUUCCUGUUCGCCAUGAUUAACGAUUGAAUCAGUACUUUUAUGGAAGCAACAAUAUAAAGUUAAAAAAUAUAAUGCAUGCUAGAUAAUUUCAGGAGAGGAAAGUAGAAAGAAUGGAAAAAUAUCACAUGGUUGAGAAUAACUGUUACCUUGCUCAUUCGCAGUAUUAAUCUCUCGUGAGAAUUAAUCCUAAUCACGAUUAAGGAUUAAUAAUUUGGGCAUGCUUCGUCGGGAUUAAGCAUUAAGGAUUAAUGGAGCAAAAAUAUUUCGUCGGGAUUAAGGAUUAAGGAUUGAUUUCACACAUUUUUUUGUUGGGAUUAAGCAUUAAGGAUUAUUAAUCCUUAAUCCCAAUCCUUAAUCCGUUAAUCACGAUUAAUUAAUCACGGAUCUCUGGUCAUCAAGAAGUUAAUCAUCGAUUGUUUGUAAGAUCUAGAUGCGUCGAUAAAUAUGGUACAAUAUAUUGUACAAAUGAUGCAUGGUGGACUUAAUCGUUAGAUUGACGUGCAAUUUUCUCCUCCUAACGGACUUUAGACCUAUGAUCAAUUAAGGAAGACCAGAAAAUAGUGUGGAAUGAAGCGGUCGGCCCUGGGUCAAAGUCUCCAAGGUGGUGUCAGUGUCACUGUUGACAGCGAAGACUGUGACUCGUCGUUCGAGGACACAGCAGAACCUAAAGCUAAAAAGAGAAAGUAUUCGGAAAACACGUCAUGGAACAAAUUUUUUGAAUCAAAGCGCAAAGAUUUUGUCACCUUAUUUCCUAUUGUUGUACGUCAAGUACCCCAUAAACCAUCCUGUGCAAAAUCAUUCUCUGUAAGAUCACCAUCACCUGUAAGAUCAUCCCCCACAGACGAUUAUGAAAUUGAGGAGUUCGAUUCGCCCGAAAAAAUUAUAAGCGAGUUGGAUCUAAAUCAAAAUACUGAAGAAUCUUCUAAUCAAUUGACUAUCGGUGCAGGGAGAAAAAAAGAAAAACGACGCUUGGGAGAAGAACUAAAAGCCAUCAUCACAAAAUAUGAUAACUCCGUCCGAAAAUUUCCACAAGAGUACUAUCUCAACAAAUAUGACGAAAAUCAAUCCAUCACACUUGUUAUUAGGCAUGUAUGUGGGAGAGAGAACAAGCUCAUUUGGGCAAUUUGUCGCCUUGUAGAACGUGGUGAAGAUCGUUGCGUUAUGUUUCGACCUUUUUAUUUACCCGAUGUGUCAGUGGGCGCUGUACUCAAGUUGUAUCAACCAUGGGAAGAAGUCGACAUUCCUGGAAUUCCAAUGCCCGUAAUGAUAUGUACAGAUUUCCACAGGUUUCCUAUCCGCACUGAUAACAAUUUUGGAGUAUCAGAAGACAUGUUAAGAGAGCUAGUAGAAUCGCUUCCAGUCCCGUUCAAGUCAAGUUACAUCAAAGCAACUGCAGAUUGUGAUCUCCAAUCUCUACUGUCUCGUGUCAUCCCAUUUCACCUGAAAAAUCCCAAUACGAUCUUUAAGCAGACGAGCCUCAUGCAACCUUCCAUCGACCUCAAUGCUAUAAUUUACCGACUAUCAUACCCAGCUUUAACUCCAACUUCAUUGAUAUUAAGCAAAAAUAAUUUAUUAGUUUGCGACUCUGAUCACUUAUUUUCUGUUUUACAACUUUCUGAGUUCGAGAGUGAGAAAAGGGAACACGUUUCCCAGUCUUUAAGGCCAGGAAAUUAUAUCCAAUUUAGGAAACUUGGAGUAGUCUCAAAAACGAGUAUACUAGAAGAUUUCUCCUUGUUUCCAAUUUUUCAACUGUUGGAAUCAAAUCAAAGGGUAUUCUACACGCUAUGCUUUCGGCAUGAUACAGAGUGGAAACAGGAAAUGGAGUUAGAUUUUCCAUAUCGUCCUAUUCUGCGGAAGUGUAAAUCCCAGUAAAACUGCCACUUCUUCACUACACUUUUCCAGACUGAUUCCAGUCACCUCCUCAUACAAAAAUUUCUAUCAUUCCAUUUUAUCUGACACAUAAUUUUUCGUGAAGUAAAGUGAAUGAGGUAAUAAAUUUACUCAUUAUUUUAUUAACCUUCCGACAUGAUGACGAAACACGUGUAUGUAAAAUAAAUAUUUUAAUUAAAUCCCAAUUUCGUUCCAAUUGUCAAUUGUUUCUACAUUUAUGGAAUAUUCUUUUAUCCCUUUGCCACGCCGUGUAGCACGAACAAAUAAUCAUCUCAACCUCGGAUUUCCGAGUUUUGGUACAAGGGGUGGAUUAAUAAACUACUUUCAUAUAUUGAAUUGAAGCCUCUCAGUUUGUGGUGGCUUUGUAUAUGUAGCUUUUGUACACUCGUUCAAAUAAAAUGAGAUUGAUUUGA